UGUAUGUAUCGAGACCCGGACGCCAUGGCUAUUUCCUGACAGAUACAAUAUAAUCUGAUGUUCCUGAUGGUUAAUGUAACUGCCUCCUUGAGCUUUUUCCACUUGCUGUCUAUGGUUUUCACCUCAUCUCCCUUAAUUCUUGCAGUACAUAAAACUUGUUGGUAAGGGUCGCUCUGUACUCCUCCACCCUAUGUGUGUCUUUUAUAAAGGUUUUUUACUUCUGGUAUUAUGCUGCACUUUCUGUUCGGUCUUUCUUCAGCUUCAGCCAAGUUACCAUGAGGUCAGAUUCACCAAGGUCGGAUUCUAUGCCUGAUCCUCGUUUCACUCUCAUGCCCUGUAGAGAUCUAUCUGGUUCUCAGUGAAAUGGUCUGGUGACACCCAAGUUGCCUUGUGUAUCCUUCUGUGAAGAAAAAUACUGCCACUGAUGACUAGGUUAUUCAAGGCACACAGGUCUGUAAGCCUCUCACUACUUUCAUUCAUCUCACCAAGACCUUGGCACCUCAUGACUUCUUCAUAUCUGGUGUUAUUUUCCCUGAGCUUGAUGUUAAAGUCCCUGAUUAGGAUGGUGACAUCUCUUUCUGGGUAUUUCUCUAGGAUGGACUGGAGCCUACUGUAGAACUGGUCUUUGGUCUCCAAGUCACUGUCAUUUUUUUCUUCUCCAUGCUCUCACGGAAGGCAGUCGCAUUUCUCUGCCUCUCCCUUCCCUUAUCUUUCCUGCUUCUGCUUCUGCUGUCUCGUCUGUCUAUUGUCUAUACUUUUGAGAGACUGUCUCUGCACUGCUCUCCAAACUAAAAAUCAUGGAAUUGGUAAAUUGGUCUCUUCACGCAAUUGACACAAUCUUCUCGAUGAGAAGCCUGGGUUCGGGGAAACCGGCCUGUUCUGCCGGAACGUUUGCAGCUGGCUACACGAUGGAUGCGUGGGAGAAGUGGCGGGUUGUGUGCCUGGCGGUUCUUUCUGUGGAGGACAUUGACGACAUCUACCUAUUCGGAACCAUGAUUACAGGACUUUUGUUGAUUGGAUUAGGCAUUACCCUGGUUUAUCGAGGAAAUCAGAUAAUGGUGACAGCUGCCCAAAGCCCAUAAAGCUGCCUGACAUGAUUGAAGUGGUGGGCAGAGCUGUCGGCACUCAGACUGUGGCUAUUCAGAACUUGAACCGCAAAAUGGAUAACAUCAUGGAUAAGCUUUUGGCUUUGCAAAGGAAAAUGGAUUGAUUCAGAGACCAGAAUGUACAAACAGAGUAGUAGUGUAAAGGAAUGCAUCUACUCGCCCCAAGACCAAACAAUCCCAAUCUUAUCUGCUUUUGGCUCCCUCAGACAGCACUGGCCUUGGCCAAGGCCAUUGCUGGGACAAUAACUCCCCCCUGGAGAUCACUGCUGCUGUUAGACUCUCUCGUAUUCCUUCCCCCACUUCCCACGGUCGUCGCUUUUACCCCCAGUGUGACAAGUGGGUAAGUGCCGUCUUCGGCUGCAGGACCAGACUGCUUGUUUGCGCUGGGUUACCUAUACCUCUGCCCCUCCCCCCUUACCCCCUCCCAUGAUCGCCCCCUCCCUCACCCCAUCCCCCCCCCCCCCGAGUCCCGAGUCAUGUGUAAAGUGUACUGUGUUAUUUUUGUGCUUAUGUGCUGAGGUGUUUUUUUAAUGUUCCCACACUAUACUCCCCACAGGAGCAUAGUGUGGGGGUUGUUUUUUUCUCCUCCUCUCCCCUCAUGUUACUCUGUAUUUUUCAUCCCUGUCUUCCUGUCCUGUCUACUCCCCCUGUGUCAAUUGUAUAUAUGUGUAUAUGUACGGAUGGGUUGACGGUUAAUUUCGCUGGUACUUGUGACUAAGUGACAAUAAAGGAUUCAUUCAUUCAUUCAUUCAUUUGUUGGUACAUAGCACUGGAUGAUGUUGAGGGUGAUCAUCUUGGUACAAAAGGCUGCUCUGAUGAUCCUUAGUUCAUUGGCUUCCAAUCCUAUGAGUGCUUUCUGCACUUUGGGGACAGCAUCAGUGCUACUCCCUGUGUAUGAGGAGCACUGUCAUCAUCAUGUCCAGAAUACAGCAGCAUCUCCUCUGGCAUUUCUUUUCUGUCCUGACUGUGUCCAUCAGAUCUCACCUAUACUGAGCAGGUUUGAUGUUGAACCUUACAAAAAAACACAACAAAGCAAGACACUUUUUACCAAAUGGGGCCAAACCAUCUACUUGAAAGUGAAAUAUGGACGAUGUUCAGUGACAGAAUGCUGCAACGAGCCAGAUUUGUGGUACAUAUUCGAUCCAAGAGAUGACCCCCGUUUCACAAUUCGAGAGAGUGGUGACCACUGUCAAAUACAUCUGGACUGCAGUGUAAAUUAUGAGGAAAAAAAAUCAGCUUGCCCAAAUUAUGAGAAAAUUGAAGAUGAUGCACGAGAGGAAGAUGAAAAGCGCAGACGAGAUGAAGAGCAGCGGCGUCAGGCCCAGCUUGAACGUGAAAAAAGAAUUGAGGAACAGAUUAAAAGGGAAAGUGAGCUCGCUGCUAAGAAGCUUUCACAAGCCACAGAGACACUGAAGCAGAAACAGAGGCUGAGAGGUCAUGAAUUUCAUCACCAAACUCAUAUAAUGCAACAGCCACUGGAUGCUGAAAUAGAAAGAGAUGAGGCUCCAGAAAUACAGAAGAAAUUUAUGGACCUCAUGUUUGAAUAUCAAAUCUUUAAAGAUGAAGACUCAGAGGAGAUGUUACCAGACAGAAUGAAAAGUCUGCAAAAUGAGUUAUUGGUGGAGUACUGUAAGAAACACAACCUGUCCAGUAGCUGUGUGUUUUCUUUCGACACUGCAGUCGGUUAUGAGACUCUGCCUCUACAUGAUAGACUAACAGUCCUUGAGGCAGUAAUGCAUUUAGUUUUCGAAGAGAAUGAGGACAACCAGACACAAAAACAUGACCGCAAUGUCCUCUUGGAUCUGCUUGAACUGUUGCAAGAUAAUCAUCCAUCACUUGCAUUUAAUCUUUUACAGAGCGUACUUCAAACUGAUAUGCAACUGUCUGCAUGGAGUAAUGAAAUUCUGUGUCAGAUUGCAUUCAAUAACACAUGGAAACUGGCAGAAAUAACAGACUUCUUGCGUUACACUGUUGGGAAAGACAAAGAACAAGUGCAGUCAGUCCUUCACAUUGCACAGACCUACAAGCUGGAGUAUGGGAAAAUCAUUACUGCCUUGAAUUCACCUGAUCCCCUCAGAUGGAUAAAAAGCUAUGUUGACAAAGAGAGAGACAAAACUGCUGAUGAUAUUAUUAGUGAAAUGCGCAAAGCAAACUAUCCUGAGAAUGUCCUGACAAUACUAAAGGAUGUUCUAAAAUAUCUGGAAAUAGAACUUCCAAAACACAAACGAACUGACCUCUGUAAAAAAGAAAUGCAAAAUAUAAAGAAAAUGGUCAAAGAACUGGACUUUAACAACCCAGACAGACAAGUUCUCAAAAGUGUACUAGUUGGAAUGUCAGUCGCCAUAAAAAUGUGCUCUGCACUCACUAUUCAAAACGGUCGCCAUGAAAUAGUCAUUGAAGGAUAUCUCCCCAGAUUAACUCAACUUGCAACCUUGGUCAUUUUUCUGCUUCCAAAAUCAAAAACCAAUACAGGUUGUCUCCUUGAAAUUGGGACAGGUGAAGGAAAAUCUUGUAUCUUAGCCAUGCUUGCUGCAAUCCAUGCCAUUCGGGGUGUAAAGGUGGACAUUGUGACGAGCUCCCCAGUUCUUGCCUUUCGUGAUUUAGAGGAAUGGAGCAGACUGUACAAGAUGUUUGGCAUCACAUCAUCUACCGUUCCUCCAAUGCUGAAUGAUGUUUCAUCUGAAAAACAAGAUGAACUGACUGAGGAAGCAUACAAACAACAAAUAAUUUACAGUACUGUUGGGACUUUUGCAGCGGAUACACUGAAACAAGAAUUUGAGAAGAAAACAACUCGAGGAGACAGGAGGUUCGAGCUGGUCCUUGUAGAUGAGGUUGACUACAUGACCUUGGAUAAUGGAGUUCAAAUAACAUUUCUGUCCCAUGAGUCCAGUGGCCUCCAACAUUUGGAGCAAGUCCUUGCAGGCAUCUGGGCCAUGAUAUCCGCAUGUCGACCAAUUGAGAUACAAGAAACUGGAGAGACCAUGUGGACAACAAGAGUCCAGAAUUUUCACACAGCUGCACUAAUAGCAACGAUUGGUUCAGUCAAAAGUGAUACAUUUUCACCACUGGAAAUUUUGUUGCCAGGCAUUGAAUUAGGCUUUUACUCAGAGGAAGAUUUUGAAAAUUUAAAUGGCUCUAUCAAUAAUGACAGAGAAAACCAACAUGUCACUUUGGAAAAUGAGGCAUGGAAGACCAUUAUGGCCAAAACAGGAAUAGAACAACAGUACGAUUUGCUCAGUGUUCUUGAGAUGGGCAUGGAACACAAGGUGGCAUUUAACUGUUAUAUAUAUCAGUCAGAUACUGGAAAAGUGAUUCAGUUUGGAGAGCAAAAGCCAAAAACUGACCUCAACAUCAAUAUGUUGCUACUCGAGAAUGGAAAAGCUUGUGAGAUCUUGUCUGAAAAUGUACUUGUUGAAGCCACUGUUCAUGAGUUGAAAUCCAAGAUUAAAUAUUCUAAACAAUGCAGUUCAAAAGAAGAAAAAGACGCUCUUGUAAUCCCUUCUUUCUUAGAGAAAUACUUGGAAAAUCAGCUGCCAGUGUUUGUUGAGAAUGCGUUGAAGGCCAUUCAGAUGACCAAAGGCAGAGAGUACAUGAUCGAGAGAUCUCUUAGUGCUCAGGGAGUAGAUGUUAGUGAAGAAGAUCAACACAUGUACCAUGCAAUAAUUCCAGUGGACUUUCAGGCUAGUGGAAUGUUGGAGAAAAGAAAACGGUGGGGUGAUGGACUACAACAAUUUCUGGAGAUGAAGCAUCAGUUAACUUUAUCACCAUUAUCAAAUGUGACAAACUACAUGUCAAAUUCAAAUUUCUUUAAAAGAUAUCUCAGUGGAAAAGGGAUAUUUGGUGUCUCUGGAACACUGGGGGGAGAUGCAGACAAGGGUUUCCUGGCAAGACAUUACAAAACGGACAGCUAUGUCAUACCAGCUCAUCAGCGUCAAAAGGUUACUGAGCUUCCUGCAGUCCAGGUGAGAGGAGGUACAGAAGAAUGGAUCCAGACUCUUUGUGCCACGGUCUCAAAAGUGUCUAACAGAGGACAGGUCGUGUUAGUUGUGUGUGAAGACGUCAACACAGCAAAUACGCUCAAUGACAAAAUUACAGCAGAAACCAAACAUUCGGUUACCAUGUACACGAUGAGUGAGAGUCACAACAUUGAGAACCAGAAGUUCAACAAAGGGCAGAUCAUUAUUACCACUAACCUUGGAGGGCGUGGAACAGACAUUAAGGUUACAGAGGAGGUUAAUCACUGUGGUGGUCUCUGUGUGUUACUCACGUACUUCCCCAAUAACCGAAGAGUCGAGAAACAGGUCUUUGGACGAACAGGUCGAAAAGGCACCCCGGGAAUGGUACAGUUAAUACUGAACCAUGAUCGUCUCGCUGUGGCUUACCGAGGCCAUUCUAUUGAAGUCAUGAGGGAACUCAGAGAAGAGUAUGAGGUUAAUCGAAUAAAAGACAUGGAGAAGGAGAAACUAGCUGAAAUUGAAAUGAAGGAAGAACUGUUCUCCACAUUUUGCCAGUUCCUUAGUGACUUUGACAAGCAUUAUAGUACAGAAGAGAAGACAGACCUCUUUGAAGUGAAAGUAAAAGAUGUACCUCAUUACUUUGAGUCCUUUCACAGUAAGAUGGACUAUCACCCAGCACUGAAUGCUUUGAAGGAGUCAUGGGGUAUGUGGCUGAUCCUUCACACAGAGCAGAUUAACAUGGAGAAUGACCUCCCUGAAUUGAAAGAAGACCUCAUCCAGCAUUUACAGGAUACAAGUAACAAACUUUUACAAGGUCAGAGUGAAAACUUUUAUGAUCACAUACAGCAGGCUUUAGGAAGAACUGCUUUGCACUUUCAAAACAAAACCAAAUGUGACUAUGGAGUGAAAACUUACUGGGAAAAAGCCUCUGACUCAGACAAUUACUACAGAGCUGUUGCACUGUAUAACCAGGCCUACAUUACCAUUAACAUGGCCAAAGAGGGCUACAAAAGUGAAGCACGCUCCUUACUCGAGGAGGCGGAGAAAGCCAUUGAUGUUUAUGUCUUAGAAAUGACCAAAACACUAUACUUCUGUUCCUUGUCUAUUACUCAAGAUUUUGAACCACAUCAAAGUGGCAGCUGUAACUUCCAAACACAAAUGCAAGCAAGGAUGACUAUAUUUAACUCAUGGAAGCGAAAUAUCAGAAAAAUAUGUGAACUGCUUGUGUCUGCGAAAGGAGAUUUCAAAACUGUGGACUUGACACUUUACAGUUUACUGACUGCUGAGGAUUUUGUGUCUUCUAGUGAACUUGGUCUCUUUCGUAAUUACGGCCUUGCAGUUUUGUUUGAAGUGAAGAAAAAGCCCAAGUUCUCAUUUGAUGGCCUGAUUUGUUGUUUUCUUGGUGUGGUUCAGGUUGUAGCAGGAGUUUUGAUAUGCACCCUGUCAGCUGGUUCUAUGUCCUCAUUUAGUCUUGGUUUGAUCUCCGAAGGUGUGUCUGAUAUGAUCUAUGGGAUCAUGGGUGCAAUAAAUGGUACAUUUGAUUGGGCAUCAUGGGCGAUAUCUAAAGCAAUGAACAUAGGAAUUUCUUUAGCCUGUGCGGGUUUCAGUGUUCUCAAAAGCUCACUCUCCUCUGUGAAAAAUGCAGCAAAUGGGAUCCUUAAUGGCACUAAAUCUCUAAAAGACAUUGCAUGGAGUGCUGUCCAAUCAGGAAGAAACCUGUUUAUGUCCUCUUCUACAACAGUCAAAUCAUCAGCAUCAUCACUAUGGAUAAAGAACAUCACAUCAGACAUGGCCAAACUGAACUUAAAAAAAGCCAGUGCAUAUGCUGUUCAGGAACUGGCUAUUCAGGGAGUAAACACUGCUUUGAACAUUGAUACUACAGUUCAAAAAACCUUCAGACAAGGAUUUCAACAUACUUUCAAGAAAUCUGUUAUUUCAGCACUGCAACAAAAUAAACAAUUUGUCAGACUGCUCUUAAGUUUCAUUAGUUCAGGAAUCCCAAAGGCAGCCUUGAAUAAAGAGUCUGGCUACAAAAUUAGCAAAAGCUUGGAGAAGCAAAUUAUUGACCAUGUUGCUCUGAAUACACAACUCAUCAUUAAUGGCCUUAUAAUAAACUCUAACCAAAUGCAAAAGAUCAUUCAAAGACUGUCAAAUGUGUGGGACAAAUCAGCAGAGUUUGUUGCAAAAAGCUUUCAUACCUGUAUCAAGAAACUUCUGACUACUGCAAACAUGUCCGCCAAAAUUUAUGAAAUGUAUUCCUCCAUUCCUACUAAACGGACCAUUGAUGAUAAUUUUGUUCCUGCAUUUUUGAAGUCCAUGAACAAGAAUCCAUUACUUGGGACAUAUGACAAUGAUGGAAGGGACAAACUGGAAGAUGUGAAACGUCUUAAAGAUGAGCUCAUUGACUUGGUUUCAGAUAUUAUUUCCCAGACCAUGGUGGAGAGUUUUUCUGGGUUUGCCACGUCCAUUUUUACAAAAACAUUCACUCAAAAACUAAACUCUGUUAGUGGAAAAGUAGUUGGUAAUUUGCUAGGGAGGCAUGAAACCCAAAGUUUCUUUGUGUGUCAGCAGUAUCAUUAUGAUCUGAAAUCAACCAGUGAAUGCAAGGAAAGGCCUUUGACUGAGGAAGAAAUGAAUGAGCUCAAGUGCUACGCUAAUAAUAUAACUGAUGAACAAAAGCCAGCAACAGCUUUAGAGGCUCAUGUCCUCACAAAGAGUAAUUUACUGGAAGGAAAAGGAAUUUGUAUAUCUGUAGUAGAUGAUCAAGGAAAACUUCUGACACAGGAGACUUACCUAGGAACUGAUCCAGCAGCUGGUACUAUCAAACUCUUGCUUACAAAGACACCACUGACUUCUCCAGGAAAUGAAGGAAUAUUGACAAAACUGAAACGUAACAUUAAGGCUGAAAACAUUCUGCAGAGUGGCCGUAUUGAUAUUAUACGCUCUGAUGGAUCACGAGAAACUGUGAAGUCAUCAAAUCAGAACUGUCUUUUUCAUGCUCUCAUCCAAGCAACAACUAACAACCCAAACAGUGUUGUGCUAGAAAAAGCUAAAGAGCUCCGUAGGAAAGUCGGCGAGGAGAUUCUUUUAAACCCAAAUAAGUAUGUAGAUGCUGUGAAGAUCCACAACAUGUUCAACAUGACAAACAGGUGGAAUAAAUUUACAAUCCAAACUGGAGUGAGGGAAUGUGAUCUGGAGCAGUACACCAAGUACACUAAAGACAAGACACCCAAACAAAUUAUUGAUGAGUACGAACUUGGAAAAGUAGGCAACUGCAAGUGCCUUUUAGACACAAAGAAGCCUACAGCAGGAGUGGUGGAGGCACAGCACAUUCCACCAAAAAGCACAUGGAGCUCAGUCCUUCACCUCAUCCAAACAAACCCUGACAUUUCUUCUUCAUUAGACAGAAAAAACAAGGAAGCGUUCUACUUAAUGAUGAAAAUGAAACAUGACCCAAAUGGAAAAAUGCAGCUUUGCAUAAACACGCUGUAUUCUGAUCAGCGCCAUGCACUGAGCAGUGGAAACAGUGCUGAAUCCAGAGCAUGCAGACAUUUCCUGACAAGUACCUUUUGCAGUGGAGAUACAGAGAAAGCAUUGAAGCUGUCCUUAAUGAUGGCCCACCCUCAAUGUUCCAACCACAUCUGGAAUGAUCUCGGUAUCAGUCAUCAUUUCAGGACAUGUGAUUCUGGACUUGGAACAAUUGACAGGAAUGACUACUACAAGAGAGGAUUUAAGGACAUCUUGAAAAAAUACAGCAAAUGGGAUCUGAUCGACCUACAACAAACCAUCCGACUAAUAAACUGGGUGCAGAAAGAUUUAUUUCUGGACACAUCUACAGUAGAAUAUGAAGAAAUAAUUAAUGUGAUAAAAGAUGCAAAAAAGAAGUGAAGCAUCUGAGCAGAAAGAAAUUACUUUUUACCCUUAAAUCACAUUGGGGCUUUUACAAUGCCAUGUCCUGACUAAUGUAUCAGGAGAAAGGAAAAAUUUGAGCUUGGCGAAAAAAAUUCCACAUUUGAUCACUGUAGUAAAAGUGUUUAAAUUAGACAGAAUGAGAAGUAGCAUUUCUUUUAACUCAAAGGAAAGUGAGUUAAUUCUGAUUGUUUGUUUUAAAAUGUCCAAGUCACACGAUUCUAAAUGACAACAGUUGGAUAUAGUGGUGCAGGUUUCAGGUGUUAAGUUUGGUGGACACAUAGCUAGUGAAAUCUGAUUAAAGUUUUAUACUUAAGAUUAUAUUUGCCCUUUAUUUGUAUUACAUCUUGAAUAUGUUGACAAUAAAACACAUAUGUUUUGUAA